ACAGAAUCCAGAAAAUUACUGGAAAACACAGAAAUAAAAUUAAAUUUGAGGGAAAAAUAAGUAUUUUAAAGGGCCUUUGCUGUUAAGUUGUGUGAGUUUUAAGAUUUCUAUAAAUUAGACAUGCUUCUUCAUUAUUAAAAUUCAAUUUAACCAUUAAAAGUCUGAAUAUUCUCCAUUGAUCAAUAUUCACUCCACUCACUAAUAUGCAACUAUAAAACUAUAAACUGUAAUGCUUGGUUUCACAAACAAGGCUUAAACCUAGUCCAAGACUAAAAUGCAUGUUUGAGCGGUCUUAACCGAAAGCAAUUUGCACUGACUGAUCUUAAAAUAUGUCAGUGCCAUUGAUUUGUAUCAAGAUGCAUACCAGUAAUGUAUGCAUGUAAUUUUUUUUCCAAGGUACAUUAAAAAAAUACUUAAUUGUCCUCAUUGAACUAAGGCCUAAGCCUGGCUUAAUCUAAGUCCUGUCUGUGAAACCAGGCCUGUUUUAAAAUCAAACUUACUUGAUAACAAAUGGAAGUCUUAUUUUUUGAUGGGGAAAAAAAUCUAUAAGUAUUGCUUUUCUACUUUUGGCAGAGAAGAAAUGGAAGAUUAUCAAUACAAUUUUGGCCUGGUUUCACAGACAGGGCUUAGACUAAACCAGGAUUAAGCCAUAGUUCAAUUAGGACAUUUAAGUAUUUUUUUUUAUAAAUGUGCCUUAGAAAAAAAACAUGUGCAACCAAUGUGCAUCUUGAGACACAACAAAGCCACUGAUAUUUUUUAAGAUCAGUCACUGCAAGUUUCUUUCAUUUGAAACAGCUCAGACUUACAUUUUAGACUGAGACUAGGUUUAAACCCUAUCUGUGAAACCAAGGGUUUAGGUCCCACUUUAUAUUAGGUGGCCUUUAACUACUAUGUACUACAGUGCUUACAUAAAAAGAUAAGUGCAAUGUAUGCAUUGUGUUCAUAUUGUAUUGCAAAAGACUUUUUCUGCUAUUGAGGUGGGAUACAGGUAAGGUUAGGGACAGGUUUGAUGGUAUGGGUAGGUUUAAGGGUGAGUUAAGGUGUAAUUAGAAAUGUAAUUAGAGAAAUUAAUUACAGAUGUAAUUACAUGCAGGUAUUUUUAAAACUAUAAGUACAAUCUAAAAACAUGUAUGUACACAAUAAGUGCAUUCAUUUAAAUGUAAGUACAUAAAAGUUAAGGUCACCUAGUAUAAAAUAGGACCCAAUUUUUUAAACAAUUAUAAAACAGCAGGAUGUAGUGACAAAGAAUAGCUUUUAACUACCUUAUUCAAAGUCCUUCCUUCAUUAUUACCAUUUUAUUCCCAUCAUAUAUGUAUUAUGUGCUUGCAAAAAGAAAUGAGUCAUGCCAAAAAAAAAAUCUGCCACUUAGGAAUCCUUUCAUCCCACAUAUUUCUAUUUAACACUUAAACAACAUUCACUCACUGUCAUCUUAACAAUACCCAAUUGCUUCAUAUAUAACUCUAUAGAAAUCUUGUUAACACAGAGAAUGUUAGAAUAAAUAGGGGCAAUUAUAACACAAUAGUCAGUGAUUGUGGUGACAAUUCUCUUUAACCACAAAGCACACAUCCAUGAUGAACUGAUUAAAGCUCAGGUUUGGAGAGCAGGUGCACUGAGAGCACAGGGAUCUUGGUAUUUUUAACGAACCAUGUUCACAGCUUUUCAUGUUUCCUACCUCUCAAGGCUGCUGUUUAUGCUGCCAUGCUGUAAAAACAGCUUUUCCCAAUAGACUCUUUGGUCUCUGACACCAUAGAAAUACAUCCAGCUCUUUCAUUUUACCAUGUGGUUUACUUUCAGUUUACAUGCUAGGCCUGUUGUCAAGAGGUGUGUCUUUUCAAGGUGAAACCUGUUAAGCCAGUUUGUUGAGGCCUCUAACAGGUGUAUUUUUAAAGGACGGAUAUAGAAAACAAAAGGAAUAAUUACAACUCCAGCAGACGUACGAAUACACUUACAGCAGCAGUACAAAUUCAGACUUAAAGUGCUUUUCCAGGAAAUGACAAUCCGGAACUUCACCAUCGAGUAUGAUGCCAUAAAUGAUCGCAACACCUUCAGCAAUGGGGAUACUUUGUCAGGCAGGGUUAUCGUGGAGGUGUCAAAGGAAACCAAAAUCAAGGCUCUCACUGUCAAGGCGAAAGGCAAGGCUAAUGUGUCAUGGACUGAGACGCAAGGGGAAAACAGUGUGACGUAUUGGGAUAACGAAAAGUAUUUCUCACAAACUCAAUCUGUUUUACCGGAGGAUAACGCAAAUGUAGGCUCUGUUACUCUUGUGGCUGGUAGACAUGUCUUCCCUUUUGCCUUUCAGCUUCCUUACCAGGGCCUGCCUUCAUCUUUUAAAGGUGCUCAUGGUAAAAUCCACUACAGACUUUUGGCCAAGUUGAACAGGUCUAUGCGUGGAGCGAGCAAAGCCGAAGCAAAGUUCACCUUUGUUGCCAAAGCUGAUUAUGAUCGGUCAACACUGCUGGAAACUCAACACGGCAGUAAAGACAAGAAUGUCAUAUUUUUUGCCUCUGGAAAUAUUUCGAUGAAUAUUUUCUUGCCAAAGACAGGCUAUCAGCAAGGUGAAGGGCUAGUCGUCAACGGUGAGAUUGUAAACAGCUCAACUCGAAAAAUUGUGCCCAAGUAUAUAAUCUACCAGAAGCAAAGCUUCUUUGCUGGAGGUGAGAGAGCUGUUUAUACCACACAGAUACUGAAGGAAAAGGGAGAGCCUUUAGUGUCCUCCACCAGACAGAAUCUGUCGAAAGUAUUAGUCCUUCCCACAGAAAUCAGCACCACCAUCCAGAACUGCCGAAUCCUCAAAGUAGAGUAUAGACUGAAGGUUAUUUUGGAUGUAUCGUUUACCAAAAACCCUGUGAUUAAACUCCCGUUGAUCGUACUGCCUCUAUAUGAUGGGACCUCAUCAAAAGCGUUGGAGGCAGGACUAUACCAAGACCUGACCAAAAUGAAUUUUUGUAAUUAAUAAGCAAUAAGCACUAGUUUUGUUUGCACUUUUGUUUUACACUUAAUGUAUCAAAUGCUAUAAACAAUAAUUUAUUUUCAAGAAUAUGAAAGGAUGAAUAAAAUAAGCAAAAAUGAUAUGCCUUUUUUAAAGGGAUAGUUCAUCCAAAAAUGUAAAUUCUGUUUUCAUUUACUUACCCUCACAUUGUUCCAAACCUGUAUGUCUGGCUUCUUUCUGUGAAAAACAAAAAGAUUUUGAAAAAUUAUAUGUUCCACAGGAUAAAGAGAGUCACACAGGUUUGAAAUUAAAUUACCUUAACCGUAAGCAAAUUAUGACAAAAUUGUAAUUUUUUUGGGUGAACUGUCCCUGUAUAAUUCAGAGAACUUUCAGAGAACCUAUUUUUAAAUAAUUUUAUUUCAAAUAAAAUCUCAAAAUUUUCCUGACACUAAAAACCUCAUCCUGUAUUGAAUCAUUUGUAAGGUUUACAGAACCUCAGACACUUUGAUCUUCUGAGACGGACAAUACACAGUGAGGAUACUGACAUUUGUUUCCACAUCUCACUGAGAGAAGAUGUGAAAAAAAAAUCCCUUUCCACCUAUUCCUUCCAUUCACUUCCCCUCACCCAUCUCCUCUCACUUAGCUCACUUAGAAUGCACAAUAGCAUAAUAUAAUGUUCUACAUGAAUACAUGAAAAGUGAUUUCCAUAGUCAUGUUUGGUAUCAUUUGAACUGUCACUGUGUUUCUGGUACAAUGGUCUCUUUCUCACAAGAAGUAAACUGAAAGGUAAACAGAAGAGUUCAGAAGAGAUAUUUUGCUCAUUGUUUUUCAUGCAAAUUACCAUCUGUCCCCAAAAGGUGCAAACAAUCAAGCCUAGGACUCGAUCAAUGCAAAUUCAGAUUGUUAGUUCCUGUCUCCAUUUUGGGGGAUGUCUGUCUGGGUCUGAAGUACUUGAAGUGUAGCAAGAAGAUCAGGGAGCUUUCUGUAGCCAGAAUGAGCCCAUAGUACGAAGUGUUGAAUUUUUGAAUUGGCUGUAUAAUUGGCAUAAUACAUAUUUAUACAUAUUUAAUACAUAUUUAACAAAUUGUUACAUUUGAUUUUAUUCUGACUUACUCUGAAAUUAUUUUCUCAAGUAUAUUAUUUGAAAUUAUUUCAGUAUAAUAUCAUGUUUAUUAUUUGCACAAAUAUACCAAAUGCUUCCGUCCAUACAACAAGUGUACAAUAAAGCAAAAAUAAAUAAA